CAGUGGAAGCUGAUAAACAUCUCAGCAGCAUGUUCUGAGAAACAAGAGAGCAAGGAGAGAGCAGAGAACACACUUUGCCUUCUCUUUGGUAUUGAGUAAUAUCAACCACAUUGCAGACAUCUCAACACUUUGGCCAGGCAGCCUGCUGAGCAAGGUACCUCAGCCAGCAUGGCAGCCUCUUUCCCACCCACCUUGGGACUCAGUUCUGCCCCAGAUGAAAUUCAGCACCCACAUAUUAAAUUUUCAGAAUGGAAAUUUAAGCUGUUCCGGGUGAGAUCCUUUGAAAAGACACCUGAAGAAGCUCAAAAGGAAAAGAAGGAUUCCUUUGAGGGGAAACCCUCUCUGGAGCAAUCUCCAGCAGUCCUGGACAAGGCUGAUGGUCAGAAGCCAGUCCCAACUCAGCCAUUGUUAAAAGCCCACCCUAAGUUUUCAAAGAAAUUUCACGACAACGGGAAAGCAAGAGGCAAAGCGAUCCAUCAAGCCAAACUUCGACAUCUCUGCCGCAUCUGUGGGAAUUCUUUUAGAGCUGAUGAGCACAACAGGAGAUAUCCAGUCCAUGGUCCUGUGGAUGGUAAAACCCUAGGCCUUUUACGAAAGAAGGAAAAGAGAGCUACUUCCUGGCCGGACCUCAUUGCCAAGGUUUUCCGGAUCGAUGUGAAGGCAGAUGUUGACUCGAUCCACCCCACUGAGUUCUGCCAUAACUGCUGGAGCAUCAUGCACAGGAAGUUUAGCAGUGCCCCAUGUGAGGUUUACUUCCCGAGGAACGUGACCAUGGAGUGGCACCCCCACACACCAUCCUGUGACAUCUGCAACACUGCCCGUCGGGGACUCAAGAGGAAGAGUCUUCAGCCAAACUUGCAGCUCAGCAAAAAACUCAAAACUGUGCUUGACCAAGCAAGACAAGCCCGUCAGCGCAAGAGAAGAGCUCAGGCAAGGAUCAGCAGCAAGGAUGUCAUGAAGAAGAUCGCCAACUGCAGUAAGAUACAUCUUAGUACCAAGCUCCUUGCAGUGGACUUCCCAGAGCACUUUGUGAAAUCCAUCUCCUGCCAGAUCUGUGAACACAUUCUGGCUGACCCUGUGGAGACUAACUGUAAGCAUGUCUUUUGCCGGGUCUGCAUUCUCAGAUGCCUCAAAGUCAUGGGCAGCUAUUGCCCCUCUUGCCGAUAUCCAUGCUUCCCUACUGACCUGGAGAGUCCAGUGAAGUCCUUUCUGAGCGUCUUGAAUUCCCUGAUGGUGAAAUGUCCAGCAAAAGAGUGCAAUGAGGAGGUCAGUUUGGAAAAAUAUAAUCACCACAUCUCAAGUCACAAGGAAUCAAAAGAGACUUUUGUGCACAUUAAUAAAGGGGGCCGGCCCCGCCAACAUCUUCUGUCGCUGACUCGGAGAGCUCAGAAGCACCGGCUGAGGGAGCUCAAGCUGCAAGUCAAAGCCUUUGCUGAUAAAGAAGAAGGUGGAGAUGUGAAGUCCGUGUGCAUGACCUUGUUCCUGCUGGCUCUGAGGGCGAGGAAUGAGCACAGGCAAGCUGAUGAGCUGGAGGCCAUCAUGCAGGGAAAGGGCUCUGGCCUGCAGCCAGCUGUUUGCUUGGCCAUCCGUGUCAACACCUUCCUCAGCUGCAGUCAGUACCACAAGAUGUACAGGACUGUGAAAGCCAUCACAGGGAGACAGAUUUUUCAGCCUUUGCAUGCCCUUCGGAAUGCUGAGAAGGUACUUCUGCCAGGCUACCACCACUUUGAGUGGCAGCCACCUCUGAAGAAUGUGUCUUCCAGCACUGAUGUUGGCAUUAUUGAUGGGCUGUCUGGACUAUCAUCCUCAGUGGAUGAUUACCCAGUGGACACCAUUGCAAAGAGGUUCCGCUAUGAUUCAGCUUUGGUGUCUGCUUUGAUGGACAUGGAAGAAGACAUCUUGGAAGGCAUGAGAUCCCAAGACCUUGAUGAUUACCUGAAUGGCCCCUUCACUGUGGUGGUGAAGGAGUCUUGUGAUGGAAUGGGAGACGUGAGUGAGAAGCAUGGGAGUGGGCCUGUAGUUCCAGAAAAGGCAGUCCGUUUUUCAUUCACAAUCAUGAAAAUUACUAUUGCCCACAGCUCUCAGAAUGUGAAAGUAUUUGAAGAAGCCAAACCUAACUCUGAACUGUGUUGCAAGCCAUUGUGCCUUAUGCUGGCAGAUGAGUCUGACCACGAGACGCUGACUGCCAUCCUGAGUCCUCUCAUUGCUGAGAGGGAGGCCAUGAAGAGCAGUGAAUUAAUGCUUGAGCUGGGAGGCAUUCUCCGGACUUUCAAGUUCAUCUUCAGGGGCACCGGCUAUGAUGAAAAACUUGUGCGGGAAGUGGAAGGCCUCGAGGCUUCUGGCUCAGUCUACAUUUGUACUCUUUGUGAUGCCACCCGUCUGGAAGCCUCUCAAAAUCUUGUCUUCCACUCUAUAACCAGAAGCCAUGCUGAGAACCUGGAACGUUAUGAGGUCUGGCGUUCUAACCCUUACCAUGAGUCUGUGGAAGAACUGCGGGAUCGGGUGAAAGGGGUCUCAGCUAAACCUUUCAUUGAGACAGUCCCUUCCAUAGAUGCACUCCACUGUGACAUUGGCAAUGCAGCUGAGUUCUACAAGAUCUUCCAGCUAGAGAUAGGGGAAGUGUAUAAGAAUCCCAAUGCUUCCAAAGAGGAAAGGAAAAGGUGGCAGGCCACACUGGACAAGCAUCUCCGGAAGAAGAUGAACCUCAAACCAAUCAUGAGGAUGAAUGGCAACUUUGCCAGGAAGCUCAUGACCAAAGAGACUGUGGAUGCAGUUUGUGAGUUAAUUCCUUCCGAGGAGAGGCACGAGGCUCUGAGGGAGCUGAUGGAUCUUUACCUGAAGAUGAAACCAGUAUGGCGGUCAUCAUGCCCUGCUAAAGAGUGCCCAGAAUCCCUCUGCCAGUACAGUUUCAAUUCACAGCGUUUUGCUGAGCUCCUUUCUACGAAGUUCAAGUAUAGGUAUGAGGGAAAAAUCACCAAUUAUUUUCACAAAACCCUGGCCCAUGUUCCUGAAAUUAUUGAGAGGGAUGGCUCCAUUGGGGCAUGGGCAAGUGAGGGAAAUGAGUCUGGUAACAAACUGUUUAGGCGCUUCCGGAAAAUGAAUGCCAGGCAGUCCAAAUGCUAUGAGAUGGAAGAUGUCCUGAAACACCACUGGUUGUACACCUCCAAAUACCUCCAGAAGUUUAUGAAUGCUCAUAAUGCAUUAAAAACCUCUGGGUUUACCAUGAACCCUCAGGCAAGCUUAGGGGACCCAUUAGGCAUAGAGGACUCUCUGGAAAGCCAAGAUUCAAUGGAAUUUUAAGUAGGGCAACCACUUAUGAGUUGGUUUUUGCAAUUGAGUUUCCCUCUGGGUUGCAUUGAGGGCUUCUCCUAGCACCCUUUACUACUGUGUAUGGGGCUUCACCAUCCAAGAGGUGGUAGGUUGGAGUAAGAUGCUACAGAUGCUCUCAAGUCAGGAAUGGAAACUGAUGAGCUGAUUGCUUGAGCCUUUUAGUGAGUUACGAAAAGCAACAGGAAAAAUCAGUUAUCUGAAAGCUCAAUAACUCAGAACAGGAGUAACUGCAGGGGACCAGAGAUGAGCAAAGAUCUGUGUGUGUUGGGGAGCUGUCAUGAAAAUCAAAGCCAAGGUUGUCAAAGAACAGCCAGUGAGGCCAGGAAAGAAAUUGGUCUUGUGGUUUUCAUUUUUUCCCCCUUGAUUUAUUAUAUUUUGUAUUGAGAUAUGAUAAGUGCCUUCUAUUUCAUUUUUGAAUAAUUCUUCAUUUUUAUAAUUUUACGUAUCUUGGCUUGCUAUAUAAGAUUCAAAAGAGCUUUUUAAAUUUUUCUAAUAAUAUCUUACAUUUGUACAGCAUGAUGACCUUUACAAAGUGCUCUCAAUGCAUUUACCCAUUUGUUAUAUAAAUAUCUUACAUCAGGACAACUUUGAGAAAAUCAGUCCUUUUUUAUGUUUAAAUUAUGUAUCUAUUGUAACCUUCAGAGUUUAGGAGGUCAUCUGCUGUCAUGGAUUUUUCAAUAAUGAAUUUAGAAUACACCUGUUAGCUACAGUUAGUUAUUAAAUCUUCUGAUAAUAUAUGUUUACUUAGCUAUCAGAAGCCAAGUAUGAUUCUUUAUUUUUACUUUUUCAUUUCAAGUAAUUUAGAGUUUCCAAAUUUAGAGCUUCUGCAUACAGUCUUAAAGCCACAGAGGCUUGUAAAAAUAUAGGUUAGCUUGAUGUCUAAAAACAUAUUUCAUGUCUUACUGAAACAUUUUGCCAGACUUUCUCCAAAUGAAACCUGAAUCAAUUUUUCUAAAUCUAGGUUUCAUAGAGUCCUCUCCUCUGCAAUGUGUUAUUCUUUCUAUAAUGAUCAGUUUACUUUCAGUGGAUUCAGAAUUGUGUAGCAGGAUAACCUUGUAUUUUUCCAUCCGCUAAGUUUAGAUGGAGUCCAAACGCAGUACAGCAGAAGAGUUAACAUUUACACAGUGCUUUUUACCACUGUGGAAUGUUUUCACACUCAUUUUUCCUUACAACAAUUCUGAGGAGUAGGUGUUGUUAUUAUCUCCAUUUGAUGGGGGUUUAAAUGAUUUGCUCAAAGUCAUUUAGGGGUAAUAAAUACUUGGCUUGGAAAUUUAACACAGUCCUUUUGUCUCCAAAGCCCUUCUUCUUUCCACCACAAAUUAAUCACUAUGUUUAUAAGGUAGUAUCAGAAUUUGUUUAGGAUUCACAACUAAUCACUAUAGCACAUGACCUUGGGAUUACAUUUUUAUGGGGUAGGGGUAAGCAAGUUUUUAAAUCAUUUGUGUGCUCUGGCUCUUUUGAUAGAAGAAAGCAACAUAAAAGCUCCAAAGGGCCCCCUAACCCUCUUGUGGCUCCAGUUAUUUGGAAACUAUGAUCUGCAUCCUUAGGAAUUUGGGAUUUGCCAGUUGCUGGCAAUGUAGAGCAGGCAUGGAAUUUUAUAUGCUAGUGAGUCAUAAUGCUAUGUUAGUGUUAAUUAGUUUUUUCUUCCUUUGAUUUUAUUGGCCAUAAUUGCUACUCUUCAUACACAGUAUAUCAAAGAGCUUGAUAAUUUAGUUGUCAAAAGUGCAUCAGUGACAUUAUCUUUAAUUGUAUGUAUUUGGUGCUUCUUCAGGGAUUGAACACAGUAUCUUUCAUUAAAAAAUACAGCAGUUUUCCUUGCUUUUUAUAUGCAGAAUAUCAAAGUCAUUUCUAAUUUAGCUGUCAAAAACAUAUACAUAGUUUAACAUUAGUUUUUUUGAAAACUCUUGGUUUUGUUUUUUUGGAAAUGAAUGGGCCACUAAGCCACCCUUUCCCUUCAUCCUGCUUAAUCCUUCCAGCAUGUCUCUGCACUAAUAAACAGCUAAAUUCACAUAAUCAUCCUAUUUACUGAAGCAUGGUCAUGCUGGUUUAUAGAUUUUUUACCCAUUUCUACUCUUUUACUCUAUUGGUGGCACUGUAAAUACUUUCCAGUAUUAAAUUAUCCUUUUCUAACACUGUAGGAACUAUUUUGAAUGCAUGUGACUAAGAGCAUGAUUUAUAGCACAACCUUUCCAAUAAUCCCUUAAUCAGAUCACAUUUUGAUAAACCCUGGGAACAUCUGGCUGUAGGAAUUUCAAUAUGUAGAAACGCUGCCUAUGGUUUUUUGCCCUUACUGUUGAGAUUGCAAUAUCCUAGACCCUAGUUUUAUACUAGAGUUUUAUUUUUAGCAAUACCUAUUGCAAGUGCAAUUACAUACUCCAGGGAAAUUCACCACACUGAAUCGAGCAUUUGUGUGUGUAUGUGUGAAGUAUAUACUGGGACUUCAGAAGUGCAAUGUAUUUUUCUCCUGUGAAACCUGAAUCUACAAAUUUUCCUGCCAAGCCACUCAGGUGCAUUGCAGGGACCAGUGAUAAUGGCUGAUGAAAAUUGAUGAUUGGUCGGUGAGGUCAAAAGGAGCCUUGGGAUUAAUAAACAUGCACUGAGAAGCAAGAGGAGGAGAAAAAGAUGUCUUUUUCUUCCAGGUGAACUGGAAUUUAGUUUUGCCUCAGAUUUUUUUUCCCACAAGAUAUAGAGGAAGAUAAAGAUUUUUUUGGUUGAGAGUGUGGGUCUUGCAUUACAUCAAACAGAGUUCAAAUUCCACACAGAUAAGAGGCAGGAUAUAUAAGCGCCAGUGGUAGUUGGGAGGAAUAAACCAUUAUUUGGAUGCAGGUGGUUUUUGAUUGCAGAUAUGUGUGUGUCUUCAGUGAUUGUAUGACAGAUGAUGUAUUCUUUUGAUGUUAAAAGAUUUUAAGUAAGAGUAGAUACAUUGUACCCAUUUUACAUUUUCUUAUUUUAACUACAGUAAUCUACAUAAAUAUACCUCAGAAAUCAUUUUUGGUGAUUAUUUUUUGUUUUGUAGAAUUUCACUUCAGUUUAUUUUCUUACAAAUAACCUUACAUUUUGUUUAAUGGCUUCCAAGAGCCUUUUUUUUUUUCUAUUUCAGAGAAAAUUCAGGUACCAGGAUGCAAUGGAUUUAUUUGAUGCAGGGGACCUGUAUUUCCAUGUCAAAUGUUUUCAAAUAAAAUGAAAUAUGAGUUUCAAUACUUUUUAUAUUUUAAUAUUUCCAUUCAUUAAUAUUAUGGUUAUUGUCAGCAAUUUUAUGUUUGAAUAUUUGAAAUAAAAGUUUAAGAUUUGAAAAUGGUAUGUAUUAUAAUUUCUAUUCAAAUAUUAAUAAUAAUAUUGAGUGCAGCAUUUAAAAAUUAACGUCUUUUACUUUGAGAGAAAUACAGAAUAAAUUUGGUGGUCUUUGGAUUAAAGGACAAUAGAAUAAUGAUUAUGUGUAAAAUUUAUCCUAAUGUAGGAUGAAACAAUUUUUUCCCCCAGAUACAUAAGAUAAAUAGUAAAUCUUUUUGUUUGUUUAUUAACUUUUUUGAGACUGGUGAAAAUACAGACUUAUUCUCCAGAAAAUUCACAUACUUAUUGUAUUAGGCCAUUCUUUUUUCUUUGUUUUUUUUUUUUCUUUUUUGAGACGGAGUCUCACUUUGUCGUCCAGGCUGGAGUGCAGUGGUGCGAUCUCGGCUCAUUGCAAACUCCACCUCCUGGGUUCAGGCCAUUCUCCUUCCUCAGCCUCCUGAGUAGCUGGGACUACAGGUGCCCGCCACCAUGCCCGGCUAAUUUUUUGUAUUUUUUAGUAGAGACGGGGUUUCACCAUGUUAGCCAGGAUGGUCUCAAUCUCCUGACCUCGUGAUCCACCCACCUCAGCCUCCCAAAGUGCUGGGAUUACACGCAUGAGCCACCACACCUGGCUUAUGUUAGGCCAUUCUUGCAUUACUAUAAAUAAAUACAUCAGACUGGGUAAUUUAUAAAGAAAAGAGGUUUAAUUGGUUCACAGUUCUGCAGUAAGUAUGGCACUAGCAUCUAAUUCACCUUCUGGUGAGGCCUCAGAAAGCUACAAUCAUGGCAUAAAGGGAAAGGAAAGCAGGAGCAUCACACGGUGAGAAUGGGAACAUGGGUGAGGAGGUGCCACACAAUUUUACACAACCAGAUCUCAUGUAAACUUGCUGAGCAAGAACUUGCUCAUUAUCAUGAGAAUAGUACCAAGCCAUCCAUAAGGGAUCUGCCCGCACAAUCCAAUCACCUCCCAUCAGUCCUGACCUCCAACACUGGGGUUACAUUUCAACAUGGGUAUUGGAGAGGACAAAUAUCCAAAGCAUAGCAUUCUGCCCCUGGCCUUCCAAAUCUCAUGUUCUCCUCAUAUUGCAAAAUACAAUCAUCCCUUUCCAACCGUCCCCCAAAGUCUUUACUCAUUCCAAGUAUCAACUUAAAAGUCCUGAAGUCCUAAGUCUAGAGUUUCAUCAUUGGAGACUCAAGGCAAAUUUCUUCCUGACCCUGUAAAAUAAAAAACAAUUAUUGACUUCCAAGAUACAAUGGUGGUACAGGCACUGGAUUGAUAUUCUCAUUCCAAAAGGUAGAAAUUGGCCAAAAGAAAGGGGUAAUAGGCCCCACACAAAACCCAGAAGGGCAUACAUUAAACCUUAAAGCUCCAAAAUAGUGUCUGUUGACACCAUGUCCCACAUCCAAGGCAUGUUUCUGCAAGCGGUGGACUUCCAAUGCCUUGGGCAGCUCCACCCCUAUGGCUGCACAAGGUGCAGCCCCCACAGCUGCUCUCAAGGGUUGGAGUUGAGUGACUGCAGCUUUUCCCUGUGGAGGUUGCAAGUUGCAGGUAGCCAUACCAUUCUUGGGGCUAGAGGGUGGUGGUCCCAUCCCACAGCUCCACUAGGCAAUAACCUGGUAGGGACUUUGUAUAGGGCCUCCAACCCCACAUUUCCCUUCUGCAUUUUCCUAGCAGAGGCUCUCUGCAAGUGCUCACCCAUAGAGUAGGCUUUUGCUUUAGCACCCAGGUUUUCUCAUACAUCCUCUGAAAUCUAGGGUGAAGCUGCCAAGCCUUCUUCUCUUCUGCAUUCUGAGCACCUGUAGGCUUAAAACCAUGUGGAAGCUGCCAAGGCUUAUGGCUGUGCCCUCUGGAGCUGAGCCUGAACUGUAUCUGGGGCCCUUUGAGCCAAAGCUGGAGCUGAAUGGCCUGAAUGCAGAGAGCAGUGUCCAAAGGCUGUGCAAGUUAGCAGGGCCCUGGGGCUGGCCCCUGAAACCGUUCUUUCCUCCUAGGCCUCUGGGCCUGUGAUGGGAGGGGUUGCCUCAAAGAUCUCUGAAAUGCCGUCAAGACCUUCCCAUUGUCUUGGAUAGUAGCACUUCGCUCCCUUUUAGUCAUGCUAAUCUCUUUAGCCAGUGGUUGCUCUGUAGCUGCUUGAAUUCCUCCUCUAUCACAAAACCAAGCUGCAAAUUUUCCAAACUUUUACAUUCUGCUAUCAUUUUAAAUAUAAAUUCCAAAUUUAAGUCAUUCCUUUGCUCCUGUAUUUGAUUUUAGGCUGUUAUAAGCAGUCUGGUUACAUCUUAAAUACUUUGCUGCAUAGACAUUUCUUCUACUAGAUACCCUAAGUCAUCACUCUUAAGUUCAACCUUCACAGAUCCCUAGGAUGUGGACACAAUGCAGCCAAGCUCUUUGCUAAGGAAUAACACAGGUGACCUUUACUCCAGUUCCUAGUAACUUCCUCAUUUCCAUCUGAGACCUCAUUAGCCCUGGCCUUCACUGUCCAUAUUUCUAUCAGCAUUUUGAUCAUAACCAUUUAACCAGUCUCUAAUAAGUUACAAACUUUUCCUCAUUUUACUGUCUUCUUCUGAGCCCUCCAGGCUCUUCCAAUUUUAACCACUGCCUGUUACCCAGUUCCAAAGCCACUUCCACAUUUUCAGGUAUCUUUAUAGCAAUGUCCCACCGCUUGGUACCAAUUUUCUGUAUGUGGCCAUUGUUGCAUUGCUAUAAAGAAAUAUCUGAGACUUGAUAAUUUAUACAGAAAAGAGGUUUAUUUGGCUCACAGUUCUACAGGUUGUAAAGAAAGCAUGACACUGGUGUCACAUACUGAAAGUGGGAGCAAGGGGUGGGAGUAAGGUGCUCCACACUUUAAACAACCAGAUCUUGCAUGAACUUUUAGAGCAAGAACUUGCUCAUUAUCAUGAGGACAGCACCAAGCCAUUCGUGAGGGAUCUGUCCCUGUGAUCCAAUCACCUUUCACCAGGUUCCACUUCCAACACUGGGGAUUACAUUUCAAGGUGAGAUUUGGAGGAACAAACAUCCGAACAAUAUCACUUAUACACUCAAAAUUUUGGUCGGAGUUGUUGACUUUUCCAGGGUCACUCAGAAAAUGGCAGAACUGGCUACAGUCCAAGUGCUUUUAGUCAGUGCUUUUAAUAAUAAUAAUAAAUAAUAGUAAUAGUAAUAAUAAAUAAUAAUAAUAAUAGCUACCAUUUUCCAAACUUUUUUUUGCUAACCACUUUGCAUACAUUUUCUUAUUUGAUCCUUUUGAAGUGGAUACUCCUAUUAUCUCCAUGUUACACUUGAAAUAACUGAAGCUUAUCUCAGCUAGAAAAUGGCGGAGCCACAUCCACACAUUUUUAAGUACCAUAGACCCACCUUAACUGGAGGCUUCCCAGCUCCCUUCCAGUCAAGGCUGAGAUUCAGUCUGGCUGUCUCUCUACAGCUAUACCAUUUUUUAAAAAAUAUUGAAACAUGUUUGUAUUUGUAGGUAAAUAGCCCUGUGGCCCAAGACCCAAGUGCCCUUAUGCUACUCUCACAGCCCUUCUCCAUCUUUCAGGAACUGUGGAUCACUCCACAAUCCAGCAAGUAACUUGCAGCACUGCCGGAGGCCUCUGGACCUGGGUUUUUAAAUAUUUGAAUAUUUGAGUGCUAUCUCUACCUUUCAGAAUGUAGCACCUUUUUACCUUUUAAGACCCAGGUAAGGUCUGCAUCCUUCUCACCCUUUCUAGUUACUUCAGCCUAUAUAUUAAAUACAUAUUUGUAAGAUGCCUUCUAUGGGCAAUGUGGGCUUGGCACAGGAGAUACAGUGGUGAAGAACAUAGACAGUUUCUGCUCACAAACAGCUAGGGAGAGAUAGACUUCAAAUCAACAAUAGGACUCUAAAUGCAUAGCCACACACUAGUAGGUGUUAUGAAGGAAAAACACUAAAUGUGAUCAGAGCACAAUAGGUGCAUUAUGAAGUAUGAUAGGACAAUAGAAUUUAACCUGCGGUAUCAGAGAAAGCAUCUAGGAAGAAGGAACUUUUCAGUGGAGACUGGGAGAAUGAGUGGGUGAGGUCAGGUAGGUUACCUGGAGUGAGAGACCUGGAGUAAACUUAGUCUGUGGGAAGACUCUGUGAGGAGAGAGCAAUUGUCAGUGUUUAGGACCUGAAGGAAGGUAAGUGCACAGGAGCAGCCUGAGGGAGGCGCUGCUCUGGAGAAUCAGGCAGAGGUUUUAUCAUGCAGGACCCAAUGGACUUGAGUCCCACCAGAAGUGCAAAUGGAAAAACUACUGAAGAGUUUGAGGCAGGCCAUGAGUCGAUCCACACCACACCAGCAGUGGGGCACAAGUGAAAUGCUUUUGGAAGCUAUAAAGUGUGAGGGAAUUGAUCCAAGUUUAAGAAGCGUUAUGCAUAUAAAUCUAAAUGAUGGAGUAGCAAUUUCAAGCAUUUUUUUUCUCUUCAGUGAUAGACUUCCUCCUAAUUCACAUGUCUCACUUCUUUAGAUGACUGUGCCCAACUCGAGGCAGGAGGAGAUGAAGGAAGGUUCUGCAGUCCUUGAUAGCCUCAUUUUUAAAAAUGAAGUCAGCGUUUCUUUCUCUGGCUUUUUUCCUUGUUUCUUUGGAAAUUUUCUCUUUUCCCCCUUUUGGCCUUUAUAUAAUCUUUUUCUUCUUUUUGAUGAUGACAACAUAUUUGUGCCAUUGCAAAAUACAUACCAACUUACUUGGAGGCCAAGACCUGCAAAUUAUUUUUAUACUAAGGUCUGAUCAAGGUCUAAAUAAAUACCUAAUCUCACAUAGAUUUUUUUCAUCUUUUUCCUCAAGAAACUAAUACAUUUUCAUAAUAGAAAAUUGAUGAUUAUCCAUAUUUUGCACACACACAAACCCUACCUCUUUUGCGUUAUCACUAUACAUUUUGCAUAGCAUUUCAAAUAGUCUUUUCUACAUUUCCAGCUAUCUUGGUCACAACAUCUCUUCAGCAGGGCAAAAGAAAACAAAGGUAACUUAGAAAUAUUUUAGCCCAAUUUCUUAAUUUUCCCAGUAUAUCCCAAGUUAAAGGAAAAAUGAACUGUUAUUGCACGGACAGCCUGGACUACACAGUUUCAAAUUUGUCACCCAUUGCUAUGAGUUUAUUAUUUUAUUGUCCACAACUCUCUUGUCCUGCCCCUUUUCCCCAUUCUAUAGUGAGAGUAUUGAUUCACUAAAGGUGAGUCUGAUGUUUUAUAUUUCUUUUGCAGUUCUCAUAAUAUUUAAUGUGAGUCGUGGAUUUUCAAUAAAUGCUUACUGAUGGAUACCCUGAAUGAGCCUACUGGUAGAGGAAUUGAGCCAUGGAUUCAGGGGAUUUUUAUUCUUAACCAGCCUCUUAAAAGGACUGGUAUUGAUAACUUUUCUAUUCUCACAAAUUGUGAUUUAAGUGAAUACACACAUUUUUUUGGAUUGAUAUCUGGAGACAGGAUGAAGAAUUGCUUUUCUUAGAAGUAAGUGUGCAAUGUUAGAUGUUUCUUGACAGAAUUAGGUUUGAAAAAUAUGCUAUCAUCUAUGGUAAAGUCCAAGUCAAAAAGCAGUAUUCUAUGCUAGAGUGGAGUUUUGUGGCAUGUAAGUAAUUUGGAAUUCUUGUCACUGUGUAUUACAACGGCUGUCUAUUCUAUUAAAAUUUACCAUGAUAUCUAUUUUAAUCCUGUGUGAUCUCUUUUCACCAGAAAGAAGAAUAAAUAUAACCUAAGAGCUCAUCUCCUUCUGUGAAUUUUGCUGUACUUUUGAUUUCCAAGUUCUGUGAGAUAUUUUAAUUGAUCAAGAUAUUUGGAACACAUAGUUUAUUUCCACAGCUCCUCCUUCAUGUAUUAAAGAAUCAGAAAGAUAGUAAGACAAUAGCUGCAGAAGUGAAUAAUUUCAGUCCCUAUAGAGUGAACUUAAUUCAAUUCAAUGAAUAUUCAUUGAGCGACUAUAAUGUACGAGAAGCUAUGCCUUCUGUUAAGAACAUGCAACUGAGAAAGAAACUUUCCUUUCUUUUAAGGAGCCCAUUAUCAAAUAGCUUCUCUAUUUGAAGAUCAGGCAUAUACAUAAAUGUUUAUAAGUUGACAGGUGCUAUAAAAAGAGAUGGUUUGGAUAGAGAGGUGAGUAUUCCACACUUUUUAAACGAAAGGCUUUACAGAGAAGAACUAAAUCUUGAAAGAUGAUAGUUAUUAACCAGGGAGAAGGACUUUUCAGGUGGAGAAUUUCCAGCAUUGAUAGAGAAUGAGUACUAGCAGUGUGUGUGUAGAGGGAAGGAUGGGCCUACAGAAUCAUAUUUUGCCUUAGUGAGACAUUUGGAUUUUUUUUCUCAUGGAAGAUGGGAAAGCACUGAAGAGUUUUCAUCAGUGAAACAUCAGAUUUUUAUUUUUGAAUGUUCAUUGUGGUCUCAGUACAGUUAGAGGAUUGGAAGGAGACAAGGUGAAGGCAGGGAGACCAGUUAGGAGAUUGUUUAAAUAGUAAAGGCAAAAGGUAAUAAAAGGUAAUAAAAGCAGUGGCAAUGAAUAUACACAGUGUGUAUAUUAGUCCAUUUUGACACUGCUGAUAAAGACAUACUUGAGACUGGAUAAUUUAUACAGGAAAAAGAAUUUAAUGGACUUACAGUUCCAUGAGGCUGGGGAGGCCUCACAAUCAAGGCAAAAGGCAAGCAGGAGCAAUUCUUGUCUUACAUGGAAGGCAGCAGCAAAGAGAGAGCUUGUACAGGGAAACUCCACCUUAUGGAGCCAUCAGAUCUCAUGAGACUUAUUCACUAUCAUGAGAAAAGCAAGGGAAAGACCUGCUCCUGUGAUUCAGUUACCUCCCACCAGUUCCUCCCAUAACACAUGGGGAUUCAAGAUGAGAUGUGGGUGCAGACACAGCCAAACCAUAUCACACAGCAUGUACUUUUGUUUUAGCUUAGAAGAGCUAUUCUGGUACCUUUCAUUACUAUUUCAGGGUAAAUGGGGCUAUUGCAGUUGGGAUGUUUAAAAUAUAUACUGUUUCAGAUGCUGGCUAAAUGCUUGUCACUUACAGUUCCCUUUUAUAGACACAUAGUUAAACUACAUUUCCCAGCCUCCUUGCAUCUAGGUGGGGCCAUGUGACUAGCUUUUGCCAACGAAAGUCAGAGAAAAUGAUUUUAUCAUUUGCAGGCUGAAACAUUUACAAGUGAGUGUGCCUUCCCCACAUUUUCUCUUUCUCUUUCUUUCUUUUUUUCUUUUUGUAUCUGAAGUCUUGGGGGACACGUGAUGGAGAUAAAGAUGGUAGAGUUGCCAAACAGAAAAAGCCUGGAUCCCUGAGACAAAUCUUGGAGGAGAGUCACUCAGGUGAAUAACCUGAUAAGAACACCUGCAUUGGAUUUUCCAUGAGCAAGAAAUAAACUUUAAACGACUUACUGAA